CAGUGAAUUGAAGUGAAAGAAAGAAACAUUAACAGAGGGAGGAGACUCUGCGGGAGGGGAAAGGAGGUGGCGAAAGCGUGUAAAGGACGGCGUCUCGCAUGGUAUUUAUAGCCGGCGGGAUGUGGAGAUAGGAGGAGAGGAGAGAGGGAGCACCCAGACACAAUAAAGAAGAAAAAGAGGACAAAGAGAGACGAUGCUGAGGAGGAAGAGAAGUGUGUCGUUCGGUGGCUUUGGGUGGAUUGACAAGUCUUCCGUCAGUGCCCUGAGAGCUCGCAAACAGGAGCUCCUGGCCGCCUCCAAUGGUCCCGAAGCCGACUGCCCCCCCUCGCCGCCUCGCACCGCACCCCCCACCACCAAAUCCACCCAUUUCUUUGACAUGAUGGACAAGAUGGAGCAGGUUCCAGAAGCUGCAGAGAUGAAGGCCGUCCCUCCGAGGCAGAAGGACGACUACAUUCCCUAUCCGAGUAUUGAGGAGGUGUUAGAAAAGGGAGGGCCCUACCCUCAGGUCAUCCUUCCCCAGUUUGGAGGAUACUGGAUCGAGGACCCCGAGCAACCUCCCCCGCCCGCGCCUCCUCCCGCCUUCAAAGAGGAGGAGACGUGUGGAGCGGAAGCCCGGGACGCAGACUGUGGGUAUCGCCUGGAAGAGACCAACGAGGCCGCACGGGCGUACAGGAAGUACUUCUUGGGCAAGGAGCAUUUAAACUUCUCUUGCUCGUCCAGCAGUGUGGGAAACCUUCUCCUGUCUGUAAGACAUGAAGAAGACAAUCAGCAGGAGCACCUUCACGUCAUCAUCCGGUCUCGAGUGAAGACACUCUAUCAGCACCUGUCAGUGACUGAUCUGCCAGACAUCCCGAGUGUCCAAGAGCUGGCUAAGCUGCUGUGUGACGAUGCAGCAGGUCUACGUUUCAGUCCUGUCCUCUAUCCAAAGGCAUCCCAGCUGAUUGUCAACUACGACGAGCACGAGGUGAACAGCACGUUCAAGUUUGGAGUCAUUUUCCAAUGCUUUGGACAGGUGUCCGAAGAGGAGCUAUUCAGAAACAAUGAGGAAACACCGGCGUUCCAAGAGUUUCUUCAGCUGUUGGGAGACACUGUGGAGCUGCAGGACUUUAAAGGGUUUCGGGGUGGUCUGGAUGUGUCCCACGGCCAGACCGGUUCUCAGUCCGUCUAUACGGUCCACAGGCAGCAGGAGGUCAUGUUCCAUGUCUCCACCAAGCUCCCCUUCACCGAAGGAGACACCCAGCAGCUCCAGAGGAAGCGCCACAUAGGGAAUGACAUUGUAGCUGUGGUGUUCCAGGAGGAGGCCACGCCCUUUGUCCCAGACAUGAUCGCUUCCAACUUCCUUCACGCCUUUGUCCUUGUGCAGGUGGAGGAUCCAUGCUCUGAGAACACAAGCUACAAGGUGUCUGUUACAGCACGGGAAGAUGUGCCGUCAUUUGGCCCAUUUCUACCGAAUCCAGCUGUUUUUAAAAAGGGUCCAGAGUUUAGGGAGUUUCUUCUCACUAAACUCAUCAACGCAGAGUUGGCAUGUUACAAGAGUGUUCGCUUUGCCCGACUGGAGGAGCGGACUCGGGCUGCACUGUUGGACACCCUCCACGAUGACCUGCAGAGACGCUCCCAGAGAAUGCUGGGAUUGACAACGAGUCUAGAUGAGGAGGCUCGAGCUGAAAACGGACAUGCCCAUGGAGGUCUGCUUGAAUCCAUCAAGAGGGCCAUGCGAGGGCGAAGCGUCUCCAUGGAGACAAUGUCGAGGGGCGGGGCAGGUCUGCCUACCAGUCUGAGUGGAGGGGGGUUGGCACACAGUAGCACUGAGUAUUAUGUGAAAUCUCCAGUGAAACGACGUUCAGGUCUAUUCCCUCGAUUGCUGAGUGUUGACAGCCAAACAGACAAACACAGCCAUAAAAGUUUCCUCGGUGACCAGAGGAGCUUCGACAGUUGCCAGCAGACGUUGGAGGUCAAGUCAGAGCUGCCAUCCAAUCCCAGCUCUCCAGAGGCGGGGCAACGAGACAGAAUUUGCAUGAAAAAGGAUAGCAGUAAAAUUUCCAGAUCCACUUCCAGCACAUGCAGCUUUAGCCUCCCUGCUGAUGACACUCACUUGCUCGUCCAUCCUGUGACAGGAGAUGGUCAAAGUUCAAGUCCGCUCACCGUUUGUCGAAGCCCAACAGAGAUGAAGAACAAAAACUCCCCCCGAUCUAACCUCAAGUUUCGUUUUGACAAGUUGAGCCACUCUGCUGCACCGGGACACUAGACAUGCAUGGACAAGGAAAAGAACCUGAGCGUGUUCAGCCACCAUCACUGAAGACGAGGACAAAGACACAGCACACAUGCUAAGACUUUUGCUAUGUGGCUCGAAUCAUUCCGUCACCUUGAUCACAUUGUGUUUUGGUCCACGGAAAUGUCAAAUUCAUGAGUCCAUAAGGCGGAAAUAACCCUGGUGAUGUCAUAAUAGCGCCGCCUUCCCCUCAGCAGCUUGAAGACAAGUAUAUAAACUGUUUACCAAGUUGAAGAGGCUCAAGAAAAAAGGCUAUCUGGCUGCAUCAUGGGAGAUGUAGGAGGAGGACAAGGUUUUUUGUGUUACAUUUUCAAUAUUUAGUACAAUUACUCAAUUGUAAUUAUUCAAAUGUUGCAGUAAAAUGAUUGGUGAUGAAGCGACAUCAACAGACAGUCACAGCACCUUACAAUCAAAAGCAAUGCGUUUAAGUGAAAACUAAGGUAACACUUUCAUCAAUAAUAGCAGUAAAACUGCCACAUGUGGAUGCAUUAUAUUGAAAAAUCAGGGAUAGUGACAAGAAGUGAAAGUGGAAAACUAUUUUUGUGUAAAACAUAGUAAAAAUAAUAUGCAGCACUUUCCCACCACAAAUGUCCAUAUUUUUGUUAGUUAAAAUUCAAAUGUAGCUCCUCGAACAAGACUUCUAAUGGCAAAUGUAGAAGAAAAUAGACAUUUUACACAAUUACCCUAGAUUUGCAUUGAACAUUUGACUUUAUUUUGAAUCCGCUUGUUGGACACUGUGCUGUAAAUCAUGCAAAAACUACAAGUUGAACUGCCGUCUGAAGCAAAAAACAAAAGAAAGGGGAUAGAAAAAGUAACAUUUUGCACAAAAAACGCUUCUAUGUAGGUUAUUAUAUGUGUACAAUAAACAUCCAUGAUGUUAACAAAAACAGCUGUCUUUGCACUGAAAGCACAAGGUCUCUUAUGUUACUGAAUGCUGUCCAUGCUUUUGUGGGUCUCACGGGGAUGAUAAAAUGUAGCAUGUUUCUGUCCAGUGUCCCUUCAUUCAGACACGAGAGUAUAUAUUGAUUCGCUCAUGUAGAAACUUUCAACUGUGUAUUUUUGUUUCAAUAAAGAAUGUCCCUGUUUGUUUCCAUGAAUCCAAAAUGCACUGUAAAGAAGUAAAAUGUAAAAUAUCUACACUUCAUAGCAACAAAAUUCAAUAAAAUGAUUGUCACGUUCAA